UAAUGGCAGAGCACCAGGUGAUUGGGUGGGGAGUGGGAAACACCUGAUGACGGGCCUUGUUGUAGUUGAUUGUUGACCUUCCAUAAGAUCAAACACCAGCCUCAGUUUAGUUGAGUUGUCAGUUAUGGAAGUUUAUGGGGCGUGUACAUGCCCUCUCUCUGCCUGCCAUUCCUUAUAUUGCACUUCUUCUCGUUAUUUUUACUGGUGGUCACCCAUCUUCUCAAACCCACCACCUGUCAACAGCAUGUGUCUCUGUUGCUUCUCCUCUGGAGACUGGUUUAGGUCGAUAAUUUGCCUGAGGAAAGCGAAGGAAGAUAGGUCCAAAAAUGUGAAGGUGCACUCGGGUAAUGGAAAAACAAAUGGGUCCAAGAAAAAUUCCAAUACUCAGAGAGAGUCAAGUAGUCCUGCUUGUGCCAAUGGCAGCCCACAGAGAAGUAACGGUGUUCCUGGAAUGUCAGUAGAACACAAAGCUGCUAUUCGAAUUCAAACUGCUUUUCGAGCAUAUAUGGCAAAAAGAACAAUGCGACGUCUGAAAGGAGCUGUGAGAUUUAAUGUAUUGAUUCACGCCAAUGAUACUCAAAAGCAAGCUUCGAGCACAUUGAGCUAUAUACAUGCGUGGAGCAAUAUACAGGCUCAGAUUAGAGCUCGCCGGCACCAUAUGGUCACAGAAGGCCGGAUUAAGCAAAAGAACAUAGAAAAUCAGCAAAAGCUUGAGGCCAAGCUCCAUGAGCUGGAGAUGGAUUGGUGUAGCGGCUCUGAAACUAUGGAAGAAAUCCUUUCUAGGGUGCAACAGAGAGAAGAAGCGGCAGUUAAGCGUGAGCGAGCAAUGGCAUAUGCCUUCUCUCAUCAGUGGAGAGCCAAUCCUACCCAGUAUCUAGGCCAGGCUUAUUACAGCAUUGGCAAGGAAAAUUGGGGUUGGAGCUGGAAAGAGCGUUGGAUCGCAGCUCGCCCAUGGGAGAUUCGGGUUCAUUCUCUACCUAACAACCCAAAGAAAGGCCAGAGCAUGCAAGUGAGCAAAUCAGAGAUGAAAAUAACACUCUCAACCAAGCCUGCUUUGUCAAAUGGAAAGGUCAAUACUAAAGCUAAAAAACUGUCCAACAUAUCUGUUGAUAAUCAAGCUGCCCAAGAAGCUUAUACUACAGCUGUUAGCUCCUCUGGUUCAUUGAUUCCAAAUUGACAGAUUAUAGCUUAGCAAAUUUCUAUGAACUCAUAGGCUCUUUUAAAAUUUUUAUUUUUAUCCUGUGUUAUUCUGGUUUUGGCCGUUUGAGGUUGGUGUGAAAUUAGUCUACUGUGUAAAAUAAGGCAACAGACCGUUGAACAUGCACCUUGAUUUGGCUAUCAUUUACUGUAAAUUAUCUCAAAUACUUUGCAGAAUGUUCCUACCUUUUCAAA